CCUUCUCCCUUUCCCUCUCCCCAGCCCGCCCCCCCCCUCGUUCCCGGGAGGAGCCGCCAGCAAAGAUGUCCCGGUCCAACCGGCAGAAGGAAUACAAAUGCGGGGACCUGGUUUUCGCCAAGAUGAAGGGUUACCCCCACUGGCCCGCCCGGAUUGACGAGAUGCCAGAAGCCGCAGUUAAAUCCUCCUCCAAUAAAUACCAAGUCUUCUUCUUCGGGACCCACGAAACGGCAUUCCUGGGGCCCAAAGACCUCUUCCCCUACGAAGAAUGCAAGGAGAAGUUCGGGAAACCCAACAAGCGGAAAGGGUUCAGCGAAGGUUUGUGGGAGAUCGAGAACAACCCCACCGUCAAAGCCUCCGGCUACCAGCCCACCCAGAAGAAGACCUGCCCCGAGGACGCCGAGCCGGAGCGGGAACCGGAGGGCGACGGGGAGAAGAAGGGCAACGCGGAGGGCAGCAGCGACGAGGAGGGGAAGCUGGUGAUCGACGAGCAAUCCAAGGAGAAGAACGAGAAAGCCGGGAUCAAGAGGAAAGCGGAAGAUGCUUUGGAGGACUCCCCCAAACGCACCAAGGAGGCGGAGGGGCAAGAAGGGGAGAAGAAAGUAGAUAACGAAGAGACCCCCAAGGAGGAGCCCAAACCCAACCCCAGCGAAGGGGAGAAGGAGAAGAACAGCGCCGCCGCCGGCGUGCCGGCCGCCAACGAAGCCAAGCAGGAGAGCAAGGAGAAAGCGGGCACGGAGGAGGUCAGAGACCACAAGGAGAGCCUGUAGCGGUUUCUCCGGCGAGCUGAUCCUCCCGCCUGCCCCGUCCUUCUCCCCACUGGGCUCCCUGGGCGCUGCCCCGGUUCGUCAUCAUCGUCUCCGUCGCCGUAGAAGCUCCGGAGAAAGAGAAACGAAACCCAAAAUGAAAUUUCAGGAGAAAAAAGCAAAAAAAAAAAAAAAAACCCAAAAAAAAAAAAAAAACAAGGAAGGAAAAAAAAAAAAAAAGAAGAAGAAGGAGAGAGAGAAAUGAAGAGGAAACCCCGGUAACACCAACCCCUGAACCGACCCGCAUCUCCCGGCCCCGCCGUCGCGGGGCGCAUGCUUUGUAUUAGUGAUUUCUAGGGGGCUGAUCAGUUGAUUUGAAAUAAAAAGCGAUUCAUGCC